ACGUCACGGCCCAGCCUCUCCCCUAUAAAAGCGGUAGGAAGCCGCGGUGCCGGGCCCCAGGAUGGACACUGGUAAGGGGAAGUUCCGGAACCGGGCCGUAAGAGGACAGCGGGCCUAACACCCUGGGUCUUGCUUUUAAGCAAAGCUUUGCAAGACUCCAACGCAGCGGCCGCUUCAACUCGCCGAGUGGAGGAAGAUGCAACUUCUAUUAAAGAUCCCUUCUGUUCCAGAACGGGGCGAGAUAGACUGCAACAUCUGCUACCGGCCCUACAAUCUGCAAGGCCGGACGCCACGCCGCCUGCCUGGGACGGCACGACAGCGUUGCGGCCAUACACUCUGUACCGCCUGCCUACAAGAGCUGGCCGCCCGUGGCGACGGGAGCUGCGCCGCCGCCCGGGUAGUGCGCCUGCGCCGGAUGGUGAUUUGCCCCUUCUGCCGGGCGCCCUCAUCGUUGCCGCGCGGCGGCGUCACGCAAGUGCCUCUGGACCCGGACUUAUGGUCUCUCCUGAAGAAGAAAGAGCAAGAAGAUGCCGAGAACUCGGGGGGUGAGUGCAGUGACACUUCGGAAAUCGUGAACGAAGACGGAAACGAACAAGGGGCGGGACCCUGGGGCGCGGCGUGGCGAAUGAUCCUAAGGCUCUGGGACAAAGCUGUGAGUCGGCAUCGACGUCCGUUACCUAGCAACGUGCUUUACUGCUGUCCGGAGAGCAAGACCCUUACAGCCUGCUACAUGCUGUAAUUGAGGAUACCUGGGCUGUAACCAUGAAGGUGGAAACAGUUGCUGCCUCCUUUUACUGUCCACCCAUGAGAGUGGACUAGGGCCAGUGUUCCUCCCUGCCAGAUCCAAGGUUGGGGGGGGUGGUGUUUGUGUGAGAGGAUGGAAUUUAAAACUCAUGAGGUGGUAUAGCAGCUCCCUUAACUCAGGCUCUGGCCUCAAUCCUCCUCCAUUACUCCAGGACACAGUGGACUGGGAGCUGACCCUAACAGCUUAGAGUCCACACUUGCAGUAGGACAAAUCUACGAUAGUUUCUUUGGCCUGUCUGCUGGAGCAACUGCCAUGUUAGCAUUUCUUUAAAAUGGUUUGAGAUGGAAAAGAAUGAAUGGCACAAUGGGAAAAGCCUACUUUAAUUCCAAGGAAUGAAUUCUAUAUCCCUGGCAUUGAGUCAAGGAAGUCAAGUACCUGCACUUAGUGUGAUCACUUCUUCCUCUUCAACCUCUAAUUGUACUUUAUAUGGACCUUUUUCUUCCCACUUACUCAUUUGUGUAUAUUUCCUACUUCUCUUCCUAGACUAUAAGCCCAUCAAGGGCAGGAAAUCAUUUUAACUGUAUUCCCAGUUCCUAAUAAACAUUUGUUAAAUUUA